AUGGUGUUUUUGUGGCGCAGCCCACGAGCCCAGCUGCAGAGUGGGCUGAAGGAUGGAAGCCCGGAGAGACAAAAAGGAGAACAAAAGAGGCUGGCAGCCAGAGUCCGUCCUCCCACUGUGUCUCCACUGAAGCCAAGCCCCGGCCCCGCCUUAAACAGACCAGUCCGCCUUAAAACACACCAAUCCUCCCAAACACGAGGAGCAGGGGGAGAGCAGGAGGAGCAGGAGGAGCAGGAGGAGCAGGGGGAGCAGGAGGAGCAGGAGGAGCAGGAGGAGCAGGAGGAGCAGGAGGAGCAGGAGCAGGAGGAGCAGGAGGAGCAGGGGGAGCAGGAGGAGCAGGAGGAGCAGGAGGAGCAGGAGGAGCAGGAGGAGCAGGAGCAGGAGGAGCAGGAGGAGCAGGAGGAGCAGGAGGAGCAGGGGUAG